AUCAAGGAUUUCCUUUGAUCACAGGUAAAGUUGGCCAGGUCUCUGGUCCUGCUUACACCGGGGAAAUGGGCGGCGCCAACGCACACUGUGCCAGCCACACACUUCUCCGCACGGCCAAGCCCGCUCUGGUAUAAAUUCAGCUCUUGAAAAGCCGGCCAGACUGUUUCCAAACAAUCAUUCGCAAUGGCUCGUACCAAGCAGACUGCCCGCAAGUCUACCGGAGGCAAGGCCCCCCGCAAGCAGCUGGCCACCAAGGCAGCACGUAAGUCUGCCCCUGCUACCGGAGGUGUCAAGAAGCCCCAUCGUUACAGGCCUGGUACUGUUGCCCUUCGUGAGAUCCGUCGUUACCAGAAGAGCACUGAGCUCCUCAUCCGCAAGCUGCCCUUCCAGCGCCUCGUCCGUGAGAUUGCCCAGGACUUCAAGACUGACCUCCGCUUCCAGUCCUCUGCUGUCAUGGCUCUGCAGGAAGCCUCCGAGGCUUACCUGGUCGGCCUCUUCGAGGACACCAACCUGUGCGCCAUCCACGCCAAGCGGGUAACCAUUAUGCCCAAGGAUAUCCAACUUGCUCGCCGUAUCCGCGGAGAGCGCGCCUAAGAUUUUGGUUGCUAGCUUGCUUGCAUACAUCAAAAUCAUCCUCCUC